GUCUCCAUCUCUAUGGUAGGUUCUCCUUCCGCCGCUUCGCUCUGUGGCCGCCGCGCGGCGCCUUGUGGGUAGCGGGCGGGAUGAUGGCGGUGGCAUAGGGCCUGGCUGCGCAGCGGGAGGAGGCCUUGAGUAACUAAAAUGACGACAGCAGCGAGGCCAACGUUUGAGCCUGCGAGAGGAGGAAGAGGAAAAGGUGAAGGAGAUUUAAGUCAGCUAUCCAAGCAAUAUUCCAGCAGAGAUCUUCCCUCUCAUACUAAAAUCAAAUACAGACAGGCCACUCAGGAUGCUCCCGAAGAGGUGCGUAACCGUGACUUCAGAAGGGAGCUAGAGGAGAGAGAGCGGGUUGCUGCGAGGGAAAAGAACAGAGACAGACCAACCAGAGAACACACAACGUCAUCUUCUGUGUCUAAGAAGCCUCGACUGGACCAGAUUCCUGCAGCAAACCUUGAUGCAGAUGACCCUCUUACUGAUGAGGAUGAUGAAGAUGAUGACCUGGAAGACAGUGAUGACGAUGAUACUGCAGCUCUUCUGGCUGAACUGGAAAAAAUAAAAAAGGAGCGAGCUGAGGAGCAGGCUCGAAAGGAGCAAGAGCAAAAGGCUGAAGAAGAAAGGAUUCGGAUGGAGAACAUCCUGAGUGGGAACCCACUGCUGAACCUCACCGGCCCAGCACAGCCCCAAGCAAACUUCAAAGUGAAAAGGAGAUGGGAUGAUGAUGUUGUCUUCAAGAACUGCGCCAAGGGGAUAGAUGAAGCAAAGAAGGACAAAAGAUUCGUGAAUGACACUCUGCGAUCAGAAUUUCACAAAAAAUUCAUGGAGAAAUAUAUCAAGUAGUACAGUUCUAUGUGCUGUGGUGCUGAAGGACUUGGCAGGUUGUUCCCCACUCACCCUCUGAAUUCAAGGCUGCAUAUUUGCUCGCAAGUUCCCAAAUGCUGUAUCAAAAUUGUCAGCAGCUUCGUAAGUAAUAACUGCUGUGUGUUGGGAGUUUUAUUCCUUCAGUAUGCUUUCCUUUUUGGUUUUAAUUAAACCAGAUUGUGUUUCAUGAGUGCUCUUCUGUUCAUGAGAAUAUACUUUUCCUGGCCUCCUUGUAAAUGGUGGGGAAAACUGUUCUGCAGUACGCAUUUCAGUUGUGUGAAUUGCUUUCCACAACAGCCUGCGUUUGUAGCGGCCAUGGUUUGUAACGUGCACAGACUGUGUGAAUGCCUCUGUUAUCAGAGUCAGGGCGUCACUGAGUGUGGUGAGCUGAACGCCCUACCCUUUCUGCAAAAAAGCGGGCUUGCUUUCUCUUAAUAUCUAGUUACAAACUUAGGUAAUCUUCACUUUUAGUUUCUUUAUGUUGGCAAGCAAAUCACAGUUGUGUGGGAUAGCUCCAAGUUCCCAACCCCGCAGCUUCUGGGCUGUCUCUGCUCAGCGUUUCUGGGGAGGUACAACACAGAGCUUGGGGCAGCACUGAGUGCAGAAUACUCAGGGGGACCUCGAGGGGUUUUUCUCUUUACUAAAUUAUUCCAGUGCUCAGUGCUUCAGGCACAGCCGAGUGGUCACAGAGCUCGGUCUGUGUGUGUGGUUCAGCCAUGAUGGCGUUGUUGGAAACUUCAGUGAGUGAGCUCAUCGAGAUGUCAUAGUACACUUCAGCUGAGUACUGAAGUGGGCAUUUUAAAAUUGAAGGUGACAACAUAAGAUGUGAACGAUGGAAAAAUCUCACUUGUGAAGGGAUUUUUUUCUUUUCCUCUCUUGAGUCACUUUGGUUGCAUUUGAAAUCUUGGCCAAGUGAUGCACUGGAUACGAACGUGGCCUUUACAGAAGAUGAUGUGAUGCUCAGUCUAGUUCAUUCUUACCAUCUUUUAUAGUGAUAGCAUUCUUUUCAAGCUUUUAAUUUGAAAAUAUACCUGAAUUUAUUUUCAAAUCAGUAAAUGUGUUUUUUUUUUUAAAAAAUAGACUUUUUGUCUGUCAUGAGUCAUAUCCUGUAAAAGGCUUUGCUCGUUAUAGCUGUAUUUCAUCCCUCUCAUUAAGCAAUGUGUAGCAUACUCAUGCCAACAGCUUAUACCCAUGUUUACUUGGAAGAGAGAUUUUCAGCGUGCUUAGGGUCAUGUGAGCUCCUGCAGCUACUGGAGGAAUAUGUGCUUGUGUUACACAUGCUACCUGCCUCGUGACAGCAACAGUUCUUGGGGGUCAGAAAACACAUUCAUAGUAGUUCACAAUUCUCUCCUUCCAUUACAGCCACUAAAAUCUUGGUAUACAGGCAAUGUGAUUAGAAGGAGGGGGGAAGAAAGUUGACAGCUGCACUUGUCCGAGUCUGGCAGUGGGGGAGGCAGCUGCUGCUCUAGAUCUGACCUAACAGCAUUGCUGUCAUGGCAACAACAAAAAAUACAUUGCUGCAGCUGCAUUACGAGAUGUAAUCGCUGUGCCAAAGUCAGUAAGUAAACACACAGCUUCACUGGAGGGGUGCUUAGCUGAAGCACCACAGUGCAAUGCGGUCAGAGAAACUAAGUGCAUCAGCCAUCAUUUCUAUUCCUGAAAUGCUGCAGCUCUUUUCAUAGAGAAAACGAUACUUCUGGGAAGUGGAAUGGGCCGUGCUGGCUGAGCUCAGAGCUCUGUAGGCAGCUGUUCCCUACAGGUGGAGGAGCACCCAUUCCUUCCUUCUGCCUAACGCAGAGGUGUGCUUGUUUUCUGGUAGCUCCCUCCCUCCUUGGUUCUGGAGAAGGAGCCCCACGGUUCCUGUACCUCUCUGUGUGAGCUGUUGUGUUGGUGCUGUUGUUCAGUGAUGCCAUGGAAUGUGCAGAUCUCGUCUCUCACCUCCUCUCCCACAGCUUUUGCAGCAUGCAGGUAGACAGCUGAGGAGUCCCAAGCCUUAUCCCUGUGAGGGUUUUGCAUGGUUGACCACUGAGUUUUCUUCAUCAGAGGAAGAAGCACUGUGGUUUCAGUAUUCGUGCUGUUACUGAUGCUUAAUUUUCUGUUGUGCUUCUAGUGCUCAUCUGAGAGAAUUCAAGCAGGUCAUUUGUUGUUGUCAAACUGCAGUGAGACUGAGUUCUUCAAAAAUAAAAAUAGAUCAGUUCUUGAGGUUCUACAGCUCUGCUCCUAGCAUGGAUUUUUCCAGGAACUUCUGUUUGGUGUGACAGAUAACUUCCAACAAAGGCUCUGGAGCUGGCAAGCUGCUGUUACAGGAGGUGACGUGGGAGACAGGUAAUGUUCUGCACUUGAAGCAGUGCAAUACUGCUACAGUUCUAAGCAGUCAGGACUGCUUAGUUGUGCACAUGUGCAAGCACCACUUCAACUCGCUGUAACUGGUGGCUCAAAACAGCCAUGUGCUUCAUCAGCUGCUCCCCUCUUGCUUGUAGUUAUCUUCAGCAUUAGAGUUAUCUUCAGCAUAGCACUGGAGCUGGAAAACAGAACCUUUUUUCCACAGAGACACAACAGGAGGACUUUGAAGUAUGUGGGCUUGUGUUGUUAUUUUUGUUUGUUUGUUUUCUAAAGCUUCGCCUUUGAGAAUUUGUCUUGAAAUAUGUCAAGGGGUUGUUAGCGUGAGGAAUAAAAUGCAAUGAUAGUCCUGCAGCGGGAUCAGCUGUGCUGUGUGUAAUCAGAAUUCUAAGAUGUUUAGCAUCUAUUUUUAUUCCUUGAGCAGAUGGCUGAAUAUUAAAGGCUCCAUCCUGCACCCA